AUGAAUCUCACCCUCGUUAUAAGCACACAGAAGGGGGCCGGGGAGGAGAGCUAUGGAGAGGAUCCCCUCGAUAUAAGAACGCAGGAGGAGAGGAGGCAGGGAGACGAUAAGAGGGUGAAAGGGGAGGGUCAGGGAGAGCAGGAGGCUAGGAAAAUGGGAGUGAGGAGAUACCGUAUGGAUUGUGGGAGUAAGGCAGGGGAGGUGGAGGGAGGGUUUGGGGAGGAGGAGGGGAGUUGUGGCGAUGGAAGUGAGGGUGACGUGUCAUCCUAUGUUUUGACACGGCUGCUCGUGCCUCUGCCCUCCCCACCCGGAAGCAGUGCUUUUUCCCUCCCAGUAUCACCGGCAUCACAGCAGGUCACAGGGCAGGUGCCCCAGCCGUCCCCUCUUGCCCUGCUCAUACUGCCUCUGGAGAUGGCAGACCGGGGUGGUGCUGGUCGUGUAAGGACGGCUACUCUGCAUGUGAAUAUCAAUACCAAGCCACUAUCAUCAAUCUCCGCCAAUCGGAAGCAACAGCAGCAGCAGCAUCAGGGACAGGAGCAGCAGCCACUUCUGUCCGUUGUCUCGCUCCCACCUGCUGCUGCUCAUCUCUCUCUGCACCUGCGCUUGCUGCCCUCCCAACCUCAAACCACCUCCAGCGUGUCCCUUGGAGCCCAGCCGAGUCCCACCAGUUGUCACCCUGCUGCUGCUAUCCUGGCAUCUGCUCACACUGCUGCUCCUGCACCAUCUCACACUGCAGCAGCCAGUGCGAGCCACCGGAAAAGCUGCUUACAACGUGAACAUGAAGGGAGCUAUAAGAUCCUGUCGUCCCAUACCUUCCUCCGCUCCACAGUCCUUGAGCUCGACUCUCCCCCGCCACACCUCAUGCGCCCCUCCUGCCGCCACUGCCACUAUCACCACAAUCACCCCCAUUGUCACCAACGCGAUUGCCACCAUUCCCAAUGCCGCUCGCAGACGAGCGAGCAGGAAGGCGGGGGAGCAGCGGCACACAGUAGCUCUCGUUGUGACGCGUCUCAGAACCCGCAAAUUCAUGCCAAGAGCAAUGCCGGCGGGAGUUUUUUGAGAGACGGUUCAGAGGAGGUGGAGCAUUGGGGCAGAGACGAACUCGCCUUGAUGCUGCUGGUGGAGACCUCCUGCCCCUCCUCCCUCCUCAUCUCCGUUGACCUUCCACGAUCCCUCGCCUCCCUCCUCCUCUCCUCCCUCCCUCUCCUCAUCGGCUCGGCCCUCUCCCUCGCUCUCUGCACCUCCUCCUACCUCUUCUCUCACUCACUCUCCCACUCCUCCUCUCCCUCGCUCCACACUCUCCCUUCUCUCCUCUCUCUCAUCGCCUCCUCUCCUUGGCCGUCUUUCUCUAGCCCUGUUCCACGCUCCCUCCUCUCCUCGCUCAUAAUCUUCUCUCUCCUGCACUCCCUCUCUCACUCCUCUCACUUUUCACUCCCCCUCUCUCACUCCCAUCCUCUAGAAUCACCCCCCCACACACUCAGGAUUCUCCACUCUCCAGGUUCAUUCUGCUGCUUCCUCUUCCUCUCACCCUCUCCCUCUCUACCACUCCCUCCUCUCUCCGCUCCUCCUCUUCCUCCCUUCCCUUCCAAGACUCUCUCCUUCUCUCACCUCGUUUCUUCACACACUCACCUCCUCCCUUCACUCCUCCCUCCACUCCACCCUUCCCUCCUCUCUCUGCACCCUCCUUCCCUCUUCUCUCCAAAUCAACCCAAACCGACCACACCAUGCCACGUCAUUCUUACUUUUCCUUGCAUCAGCACGGGGUAUUGGCCCGCACUCCUCUUCCUCUUCCCCCUCCUUCCGCUCGCCCUCUUCUCCCCUUUCCUCGCUCUCCUCUUGGCUGCUGCUGUUCAAAUCACACGGGCAUCUCAAGCCAAGACAAGGACUUCCCUCUCAGUGGUAUCAGAGCUUCUUCUGGCCGAUGCCCUCCUGCUGCUUGUCACUGCCCUCUUCCACCUGCCUCCCUUCAUUGCUCUCCUCCACGCCAAGGCAUCACUAUCCAUGGCCCCUUUCCAAGACAUCCUGCCCUCCAUAGCAUCACUACUGCUUAUAGUCACUCCACCGCUCUGCUCCUCCCAGAACUCCCCCACCCUUCCUUUCAAGCCAACAGUGUUGCAGCAAGUGGUGUUUUUUGUCUGCUAUCUGUGCGGGGUGGCAUCGUUUGUUUUUUCUCUGUACCUAGUUCCGCCUUUUUGUCUCAAUGUGGUUGCUGUAGUUGCUGUUUCGAGAUUCGUUAUGUACCUCCCCCGUUUGUAA